AUGAAUCCUAAGAAACCGUUCUAUCCACCUCGAGAGGUACACGUCCAGGUCACCCACUCCAUGCCCCCUCAGAAAAUUGAGAUUUUCAAGUCAUUGGAAGGCUGGGCAAAAGAUAACAUCCUGGUGCAUCUAAAACCCGUGGAGAAGUGUUGGCAACCGCAGGACUUCCUGCCGGAGCCCUCUUCAGACGGAUUUCACGAGGAAGUCAAGGAACUGAGAGAGCGGGCAAAGGAGAUCCCCGAUGAUUAUUUUGUCUGCUUGGUGGGAGAUAUGAUCACAGAGGAGGCGCUUCCCACGUAUCAGACAAUGUUGAACACCCUUGACGGCGUUCGGGAUGAGACAGGUGCGAGCCCCACUUCGUGGGCCAUCUGGACAAGAGCAUGGACCGCGGAAGAGAAUAGGCAUGGCGAUCUUCUGAAUAAAUAUCUCUAUCUGUGUGGCAGAGUCGACAUGAGACAAAUUGAGAAGACAAUUCAGUACCUUAUUGGAUCAGGAAUGGUAUGAUCCUGACCACAGUUGCAACAUUUUUCUCUUGAAUUUUGUUCAAUGGCUGCUCUAUCUCGGUGCUCGGUUCUGGUUUCUCAAUCCGCUGGCUAUUCUCUUCUAUGUUACUCAGUUGAUAUCUCACAAUCCAGAACGCGGUAGUAUAUAAACCAAAAGAACGCCUGCCUCCCCUUCUGUGCCUGAAGCUCCCACACACCAGUCUCUUCGAAAACGCUUGCUCAAGGCUAUUCUAUGUCGAUUCCAUUCACAAUCUCACAACCGAGUAGAUCCAAUUCGUGUUCAUCUAUAGAUAAUGCACGAGGGAGAACUUGUGACCUCUGGAUGGAGAGGGAUUCAAACGCUGGAUAUUCCUAUCAUUACUCCGUUUUUCAGAACCGAUUCCUUCAGCCGCUCAAACCUCCUUGUCUUUCGUCACCUGCACUUUCUAUUUAUGUGCUGUAAGGAAGGGACAGUUCUAUGCGAGAAAAUUGAAGCCUAUUUUGGAGCUAUGACUCCUAGAAUCAUAAAGUGGAAGAUCCGUAACUCUCUGUCCAUUUCUUGUCGAUAUGCUUACCGGUGUUUCUUUCAACUUUUUGCCCGAUCUCUUUCUCCUGAUGGUUAACACCCCUUCCUAGUGAUGACGGUGGCAACCUCUCUCCCUUUGCGGGAAAAGAAGGAAAUUCUCUCUCUCUCUCUCACUCUCUCUCUCUUCUGGAAGAACAUAGUGCUUCAUAUCUCUUCAGGAUACGGGGCAUCCUUUAAUCUGAGAUUUUACUAAAUGAGGGGAAGCGUCUGAAAACCCUGGUUGAUCUCUGACUCGGCCCAUGCACCUUGAUCCCGAGUUAAAGAAGAGUGAAAGCUCAUCAGGCCCCUCAGUGGCGGAGUCGGACAUCACCCUUGGUGACAGGGGAAGUGAGCCACCUAGGGUGAUGUUCGAGCUUGAUCUCUGUUAGAAGAGCUAAGGGUUCGGGUCUGUUCCAAAGCAGUUUUCUUUUGUUUUUUGGUUUUUUUUUCUCACGAAGAGCAGAUUUACAUCAGACACGAGUAUGUAUCCAGUUAUGAUCAUUCCUGAGAUGUUUUUGUUAUGAUCUCUGUAGGAUCCUGAGAUGAAAAUGUCUGGUUUUUUGUGACUAGAUAUUUGAUUACUUGUGGUUUUGAACGGAGUUUUAUGCAUGCUUAUUGAGAUUUUCUUGCCGUCUUUUUUCUUCUCAUCCUACUGUGGCUAUGUAGGAUCCCCGGACGGAGAAUAGCCCCUAUCUUGGAUUCGUCUACACCUCCUUCCAGGAGCGGGCGACCUUUAUUUCCCAUGGAAACACUGCCAGGCGCGCCAAGGAGCACGGAGACAUGAAGCUAGCGCAGAUAUGCGGCACCAUCGCAGCGGACGAGAAGCGACACGAGAUGGCGUACACAAAGAUCGUGGAGAAGCUCUUUGAGAUAGACCCGGACGGCACGGUGAUUGCAUUUGAGGAUAUGAUGAAGAAGAAGAUCUCCAUGCCGGCCCAUCUGAUGUACGAUGGUCGUGACGACAACCUCUUCGAGCACUUCUCUGCAGUCGCCCAGCGGCUGGGUGUCUACACCGCCAAGGACUACGCCGAUAUACUCGAGUUCCUCGUCCAAAGAUGGGGCGUGGAGCACUUGACCGGCCUUUCUGGGGAAGGCAGGCGGGCUCAGGAGUUCGUCUGCAACUUGGCGCCAAGAAUCCGAAGGCUGGAGGAGAGAGCCCAGGGGAGGGCGAAGAAGCGAGAACCAGACGUAGCCUUCAGCUGGAUCUUCGACAGGAAGGUUCAGCUUUGA